AUGGCAGUGACUGUCAGCGGCAUCCGCCUUCCCAGCUCGCUGGGCUGCCACAUUUCAGACACCAUGGUACGCGUGGCCAGGCGGGCAGGAGGCUUUUUCAUAUGUGCUGUCAGGGCUUUCUUUAUUCACAUGGUCAACAGAGACAUAGGAGAAAUUGUCAACAACUUCGGAGGCUUCUACAGAGAGCUCACCAGCGACAGGCAACUCUGCUGGAUAAGACACAUUGGGGGUCCUAUUGGACCAGAGGAGGGUUCUGUGUACUUGGCCAUUGCUGCUGUCCUGAAUGUUCUGUGGGCCAAGCGAGAGGGAAAGUUUAUGUGGAAGCUACUAGUCGACAUGGAUGCCAAACAAUUGCUAUUCUGCAUGGAUUUCAGAUAUGUUACUGAUGUGCUAACAGAUGAAGAAGCUUAUGAACUACUCCAAAAUGGCCUGCUUGGGAAAAAGGAAAGGGAACAGCAAAUGUUGAAGCAUGGAUAUCUGACUUACACAACAUCCUGUGCCUGGCUGGGCUACUCAGACCAACAAUUAAAACAGUUACGCACAUAGGCCUUGAGAGAAGGUUGGACUAGGUUCAAAGUAAAGGUGGGUGCAGAUCUGCAGGAUGAUAUUUGCAGAUGCAGAUUUAUACAAGAAACGAUUGGCCCAGACAAAUUAAUAAUGCUGGAUGCAAACCAACAAUGGGAAAUAAAGGAAGCAAUAGAGUGGGUCACUAAACCAGCUGAGUUUAAACCCUUGUGGAUUAAGGAGCCAACAUUUCCAGAUGAGGAUAUGCAUGUCCAGAUGGAACAUGCAACCAUUUCAAAGGCUUUAGCACUGCUAGGAAUUGGUGUGGCAACCAGAGAACACUGCCACAACAGAGUGAUAUUUAAACAGCUUCUACAAGCUAAGGCCCUGAGUUAUCUCCAAAUUAACAGCUGCAGGCUGGGAAGUGUGAAUGAAAACUUGUCUGUGCUGCUGAUGGCCAAAAAGUUCCAGAGUAAGGCUCUGCAAAAUGCAUAUGGACUUGGGGGUCUCUGUGAAUUAGUCCAGCACUUGGUAAUAUUUGACUAUAUCCCCUAUCUGAAAGCCUUGAAAGCAGGUUAG